CCAGAAAUCAGUUCAGCCAAAGGCAGCAACGAGCUAGGACGACCACUGGACUGGCAAUUGGAAUAGAAACGGAGCAAGAGGAAGUGGAAGAGGAAGAGGAAUAGGAAAAAGCAAAUUCAAAUAUAAGUUCCGCUAUUGACAAUUAGAGACGGACAGAGAUCCUGGCAAGAUGUGCGACUGCGGCUGUUACUCGUAUUGCUUGCACGACACGACGUCCUGCUACAGCCAUUACCAUUCCCAUUCGCAUUCGCACCAUUGCUGCGCUGGCUAUAAGUAUCUGAAGUGCCUGUGUCGCUAUUACCGCCAUGUGCACUGCACCUGCUCCUGUUGGCGCCGAAAAUGUUACCUGCUCUAAAGCCCAAUCGAGACACAUUUGACAUUGACAGCCUGACAGGAUGGAGGAUGCGAGCAGCGAAUCCCAGCACCAUUAAAAAUCACAACUCAAACAAUGCAAACAAAAAACAGAAACUAGCAAAAAGCAAAUGAUAAAGUCCUUUAAGUAGUUGCAUAACACUUGGCUGCAUCGUUGGAGGAGCUGCCAGCGUCUCUAAUGGAUGAUUGGGGGUGCGAUUGCGACGAUAGCAACUAGCGUGCAUACAGGUCGUAUGUGCAACGUUUUCAGUUGACUGGGUGAGUGCGAGUGUGACUGCGAGUGAGAGAGACAGAGACAGAGACAGAGACAGAGAGCGAGGGAGCGAAAGAGAUGGAGCGAGCGAUGUGGCCAACUUGUUAUGGAUCAACUAUACUUGGUGCAGAGUAUCUCGCGCAAACGAAUUCCAUUUAACUAACUCACCAUGUAUAAUCCAACAUACUAACUAGUUAAUAUAUAAAGCAAAUGUCACACACACAAACACCUUUACACACACACUUACACCAAUAAGUUUAGUGCAUAAGUUUAUCUUCCAAGCACAAGAUAGAUAUUUGUUAUCGAUAAAUGUUAGUUGUAGUUAUCGAUUCUACUGAUCAUCAUGUUGAUGAUAAUUUGCCAUAUUUGUAACGAUUCAAACAACAAAUCAAUAAAGUUUUAUUCCAACA